CCAAACGCCCGCCCGCCGUCCUGGCCUCCUCUCCCCGAGCCCUACCAUGACACAGCCCCGCUGAAGCUCGCCCAGCCCAUCAUGUGGCGCGACCGAACCAACCUCUUUAUAUCCUACCGCCAGUCCUACUCGCACCACCCCCAGAAGAAGACUCGCUAUGGCGCCCCCGCCUCCAAUGGCUUCGGCGACGCCAGGCGCAUGUCCGAGGAGCGCCAGGGCCUCAUGGCCAGCGCCGCCUUCGAGGACGACGGCGACGCUGUCAUAGAGAUGGACCUGCUGCCGCCGCGCUGGCUCGACGUGCAGGACGAGAUCACCGAAUACCUCGCCGAGAUUGCCAAGCAGACGCGCAAGCUCGACCAGCUGCACCAGAAGCAUGUGCUGCCGGGCUUUGACGACGAGGACGUCAAGAAGCGCGAGGAGCGCGAGAUUGAGCAAAUCACCCAGGCCAUCACCCGCCUCUUCCAGAAGUGUCAGCAGGCCAUCAAGCGCAUAGAGAUGAUGGUCCGCGAGGCCAAGCAGCAGGGCAACAUCCACCAGGGCGAGGAGGUCAUGGCCCAGAAUCUCAAAAUCUCGCUUGCCUCCCGCGUCGGCGAAGUGAGCUCUAUGUUUCGCAAAAAACAAGCCGCCUAUUUAAAGAAACUCCGCGAUCUCGGCGGCUUCGCCUCGCCCUUUCGCUCUGCCACGCCCGUACAGAACCCCUACAAUGACCCUGCGCUGCAAGAAUCCGAUGCCGACCGCUCUUUUUCGCAGUCCACGUUGCUUCAAACGAAACAGCAGCGCAUGCGCCACGACCCGAAUGAGGCUUUGAUAGCCCAGCGCGAGCGCGAGAUUGAGGACAUUGCUCAAGGCAUCAUCGAACUAGCAAACAUCUUCCAGGAGCUCCAGACCAUGGUCAUUGACCAGGGCAGUAUGCUGGACCGGAUAGACUACAAUGUGGAGAACAUGACGAGAGACGUCAAAGAAGCAGACAAGGAGCUCAAGGUAGCUUCUGGAUAUCAGAGACGAACCGUCAAGCGGAAGAUUAUGUUGCUUCUUGCUAUUCUCAUUGCAGGUGUUUUUAUAUUGCUGUCGCUCAAGCUGAGCAGAAAAGGUGGAAACAACAUACCCAAGGUUCCAGACGUCCCACCAGCAGCAGCAAUAAGAACCAGGCGGCAGUCAACAACGAUGCAAAAGAAUCAUGUUUGGCACAGGAGAAAACGACGGCUGUGGAAAGGGCCUAUCGAUGACCCUUUGAUGUUAUGAAGACAUUUUUAUGUAAUUUUGAUAGUUAAUAGAUAACGACUUCAUACCUUUCUCACAAUUACAUCUACUAGGUACCAACUAAGUAAAGUCUGUGUUGAUGUAAUAGCAUGUUGUGAUGGUUCUCAGUGGAGUU